UAGCCAUUCUUUGCUUUUUCUUCUUUCUUCUUCUCUUCAUAAUGUUGUUCUAUUUUGAUCCUAAUGAUCAACAGGAAAGCAUGAAGUUAAUUGAGAAUCUAACAGAGAAUGCAGGCAAAAUUCAGCAGCAAGUUCUCAAGGACAUACUCAAUAGGAAUUCAGAUACUGAAUACCUGCAUGGGUUCCUACAUGGCGUCAGAGAUGUUCAUCAAUUCAAGAAGUCGGUCCCCGUUGUCGACUACGAGCAAAUCAAGCCUUACAUAGAUCGAAUAGCAAACGGUGAGCCGUCGAAUAUCAUCUCAUCGGAGCCAAUCACUGAGCUUCUCACAAGCUCAGGGACCUCCGGUGGCAAGCCGAAGAUAAUGCCAACCACCGCCAAAGAACUCGAUCGGAAAACCUUCUUCUACAAUCUCCUAAUCCCUGUGAUGAACCAGUAUGUUGAGGGACUAGAUGAAGGGAAAGCCAUGUAUCUCCUCUUUGUGAAGCCGGAGAUAAGCACACCCUCCGGCCUCAUGGCGAGGCCAGUCCUGACCAGCUACUACAAAAGUGAUCACUUCCGGCACCGGCCACUCAACAAGUUCAACAUCUACACCAGCCCAGAUGACACAAUCCUCUGCCCGGACAGCAAGCAGAGCAUGCACUGCCAACUUCUCUGUGGCCUAGUGCAGCGCAAGGAAGUUCUCCGUGUCGGCGCAAUCUUCGCUUCGGCAUUCCUCCGGGCGAUAAAGUAUUUUGAAGAUCACUGGCUGGAGCUCUGCACCAACAUAAGAACAGGCCAAGUAAGCAAAUGGAUAACCGAUGAUCGGUGCCGUUCCGCCGUCCUUAAAGUGCUGAACAAGCCUGAUUCAGAGCUUGCAAGCUUGAUAGAAAUGGAGUGCAGUAAGGAUUCAUGGGAAGGGAUAAUCAAGAAGAUAUGGCCAAGAACUAAGUACAUUGAUGUCAUUGUGACUGGAUCCAUGGCUCAGUACAUUCCUUUGCUUGAGUUUUAUGGUGGUGGUCUCCCUCUAAUAUCCACCAUGUAUGGCUCCUCUGAGUGCUACUUUGGCAUCAACCUCGAACCUCUUUGUUCUCCUUCAGAGGUUUCAUAUACACUGCUUCCUAACAUGGCCUACUUUGAGUUCCUCCCUGUGGAUCAUGACUAUGAAGAAGCUCAAGCUCUCUCUAAUGGCAGCUUAAGCUCGUUGCAGAACAGAGUUGUGGACCUUGUGGACGUGCAGCUUGGCCAUUGUUAUGAGCUCAUUGUUACUACUUUCACAGGAUUAUACAGGUAUAGAGUUGGAGACAUUCUCAUGGUGACAGGCUUCAACAACGCUGCACCUCAAUUCCAAUUCAUGCAACGCAGAAACGUCGUACUUAGCAUUGACACUGAUAAAACAAGUGAAGAAGACCUUCUUAAGGCAGUGACACAGGCCAAACUCCUUCUCCAGCCUCAUGGUCACAUUCUCACUGAAUACACAAGCUAUGCAGAGACUUCCUCACUUCCUGGUCACUAUGUUCUCUUCUGGGAGGUAAAGGCCAAAGGUGGUAAUGAACCUGUUAACAAGGAAGUCAUGGAAGCUUGUUGCAUGGCAGUGGAGGCAAGGCUUGAUUCAGUGUACAGGAGGUGCAGGAGUAGAGAUGGAUCCAUAGGACCAUUGGAGAUAAGAGUUGUGAAAUGUGGUGCAUUUGAUGAAUUAAUGGAUUUCUGCGUGGCGAGUGGCUCGUCGGUAAACCAGUAUAAGACGCCGCGGUGUAUCAAGACACUGCCGGCAAUCCAAGUCUUGGAAAGGAUGGUGGUAGGGAGGUUCUUCAGCAGAGAAGCUCCAUUCUGGGAGCCUCAAAGGUAGCAGCAUUUUGUUUGUAUUUGUAGUAAUGUGAGUGUGUAGUAGUGGUAGUAGUAGUAGUAGUAAUACUAGUACUGGCACUAGUACUAGUACUAUUAUUAUGUUUCAUUUUGUUUUAAUGUUGUUCAUGAGAUUGAGAAACAUUUAGGACAUGGAAGAGCUUUAGAGUAUAUCAUGUACAGAGCUCAUGGUAUCACUUGUCUUGAAAUUGUCUCUAUUAUAUAUGUUCCUUAUCUUAAAGUGAGAUAUCUUUCUCUCUGUCAA